AAGAUGCCUUGUCUUGAGCGAGAGGCCAAUAGUGAAGACUCGUGCCUCCUCCUUGUCCGUUGAGUUGAAAAAACAGAGCAAAGCCACAAGUUUUCGUUUUCUGCAGGUGUGGUUUUCAUCAGCUGUGAAGAAAGAAUCAGGCAGCAAAAACGACAACGUCAAGCUCUCCCCUUAUCAACGUAAAUCCACCAUCCCUUUACUGCUCCUUUGCUCUCCCUUCAGCUGGUUGAUUUAGUUCUUCAAGUCUGGGAUGCGAAUUCCUUUAGCCAUUUGUUGCGUGCCAGAUGUUCGACGAAAUGCUCAUGUGAAGUUGGAUUAUAUUUACACAACAUUUUUGGUGCGGCUACCUACCCUUUAGGUUGCUUGGAGGGAGGUGAAAAAAACUCUGGUUAUUGAAUAUUAAAUCCAUAAGCUGCUUAUCACAGUAGUGAAUGCAAGAACAUGUAUUGUGAACCAAUGAAAUAGUGCAUCAAAGGGCUGGCUUUGGUCCAAAGGAAUGGUGAAGUAUUCUGGACAUACACUAAUUUCUUCUCUUACUCCUUUUUGUUGUGUCCUGAAAAACCAUGGCAGAUUGUCAUCAAGUCUGUUUUAUGGAAGUUCAACAAAGUCAAGGGUGUACCAUUACUGUAAGAGGAGCCACUUACAUACUGAAACUAUAAUGGUUUCUCUGCGUUAUCACCCUUCUUGGUUCAGUGUGGCACCAAUGAUGGAUUGGACAGAUAAUCACUUUAGGACUUUAGCACGGCUCAUCUCAAAACAUGCAUGGUUAUACACAGAAAUGAUUGCUGCAGAGACAAUUGUCUUUCAGAAAGGAGAUUUGAACCGAUUCUUGGCAUAUGGUCCAGAGCAACAUCCAAUAGUACUUCAGAUUGGGGGAAGUAAUUUGGAUAACCUCGCAAAAGCAACUCAACUUGCAGAUCCCUAUGGCUACGAUGAAAUCAAUUUCAAUUGUGGUUGUCCUAGCCCAAGGGUAGCUGGACAUGGCUGUUUUGGCGUGCGUCUUAUGCUGGAUCCAAAGUUUGUUGCUGAGGCCAUGUCAGUUAUAGCUGCAAACACUGAUGUACCUGUGAGUGUCAAAUGCCGAAUCGGUGUUGAUGACCAUGACUCAUAUAAUGAGCUCUGUGAUUUCAUAUACAAGGUUUCAUCGCAAUCACCUACUAGGCAUUUCAUUAUACACUCCCGAAAAGCAUUACUUAAUGGACUCACCCCAGCUGAAAAUAGAAAAAUUCCUCCCCUGAAAUACGAAUACUAUUAUGCUUUGUUGCGUGAUUUUCCCGAUCUACAGUUUACAAUAAAUGGAGGUAUACAAACCAUAGAUGAAGUAAAUGCAGCAAGAACAGAAGGUGCUCAUGGUGUUAUGCUUGGACGUGCAGCCUAUAGCAAUCCAUGGCAAACAUUGGGACAUGUAGACAGUUUAGUAUAUGGUGCACCUCGAAGUGAUCUAACCAGGCGUCAGGUCCUUGAGCAGUACCAGAUAUAUGGUGAUUCAGUCCUUGGCAAAUAUGGGCAAAAACCAAGUGUUCGGGAUGUUGUUAAGCCUUUGCUUGGUCUUUUUCAUUCUGAGCCUGGAAAUGCCUUAUGGAAACGCAACGUUGACUCUGCUUUUCAACAUUGCACGACUAUAAAAUCCCUUUUGGAGGAGACAUUGGUGGCAAUUCCUGACUUUGUUCUGGAUUCACCUGUUGGUGUGGCACCAUCUGGUUGCACAGAAGCUUUUGCCAAUUCAAAAAGUUUAUUACCUCCUCCAUAUAUAACCACGGAAAAAGAGAUCAUGUAUGCCUAACUUUAAAUGCAUGCAAAACUUCUGAUGUUCGCUAUGUAUUGCAAAGAUAUUCAGUAGUUUCUAUUCUUUGGGAUAUAAAUUGGAUGUCCCGUGUAAAAUCAGGAAAUUUCUUUUUAGGAUACAAGUAGGAUGAAAGGGCUUACAUGCAGAUAGGAUGAAAGGGCUUACAUGCAGACUCUUAGCUACCACUGUUUAGACUAACAAUGUCCUGAGUUAAAGAUUCUACAAAGUUAUUUAGAGACUUAGGUUCCUUCUCAAGUGCACCAAUCUAUGCCUGUGGCAGAUAUUUUACCUAUAUAGACUCCUUAUGGUGCCCAUUCAAGUUUCCUGUAGUACUCGUAUUUCUGAAUUGGUACUAUUCAACAUGUGUUGAUUCGCCAGUUAUGAAUUUCAGAGAGAUUUGAACAAUGUUA